GUCUUGUGCAUUUAGCCGCCCAUCAUGAAUUGUGUCUCAAAGUAGUCAAUUUUGGUUAUCGUCAGGUAUCCUUGAAUCCAUUUCGACUACGAACUAUCAGCAUCUGUUUUAAAAGGUUUGAAUUCGUUCCUUGGAAAUGCGGCGGGAAUCGGAUCACGAGAAUCCAAAAUACAUUCAUGGGGGAUUAUUCUGUAAAUUUAAAAAUGUGCUGGACGCUUCUGAUGAUGAAUUCAAAGCGAUCCACAGAAACUCUCACGAGGCCAUUGACUUGAUGGAAAAGAAAUUUUUGAAAUAUCUAUGCUGCCAUUCCAGAAACUCGCCUCUCAACUCUGUUGGAUAGGUUCCACGCUAGACUGGGUUCUAAACCUAAUAAUGACAUCCGUCACAAAGUAAACCAAUUAGCAUUGCGACUUUCAGCAAUCGAUUGUCGUAGUUGUUCUAUCCACAGCAUCAAAAAUCGUGUUCUUGCAUCCAAAGAAUACCAGGAUAAUUUAGAAACAUUGGUUACCUCUUUAGAGAAUUCAUACAAUUCAUUAAGGACAAUUAUUAUGGAGGUCGAUGCGAUGGAAAGGAAUUUAAUAAGGUUUUCUAGUGAUUGGCGUCUCUCUCAAGAAAGCGUGCUGUCAGAUAUGCGUUCCAUGCAGCAUAUUAAAGAAAAGUAUUUAAAUUUAUCGAAAUCCCUUAGUGAAUCAGAUCGUCAAUUAAGUGAGUUAUUGUCAUCCGUUGAAAAAGCACCUGAUCAGCGCCUUCUGAUGUCAUGGAAGAAAGAAAUUGAGGAAAUCAAAGAACGAAAGGCAAUAUUAUCUAAUCGUGUAGACCAGUACAUGGGGAUUGAUAUCGUAGGAUUGGGAAUUUUGUACAAUAUAUUUCAUUUUAGGAUACCACAAAAGCUGAAAAACAAUUAAGCGAUGCUCUUUCUCAAAUGGUAUGGUUUCUUUUGCUGGGAAUAAGUUUUCUUUAUCUCUACUAGGCAUCAGUUGACUCACAGUUACAGAAAAUUAUGGGGUUCAACGCAUGGAAUUAGAGCUAACUCCUCAAUAGAAAGCACUUACACCUCAAAAGCUUGUUGUAUGUCUAUUUCACUGAUUACUUGGGUAUAAGCAUUCAUUGCCAAACGGAACAGCACGAUCUCUUGACUUUUUUGUCGACAUAUAUUUAUACUGUUAAUUUACUUAUAAAAAAGAUUUUAGUCUCAAACAUUCUUAUAAUUCUACUUCUAUGUUCAUACACAUGUCAUAACUUUUGUUUCGGAAAGACGUAACAGUAGGAAUUUAAGCAGUUUCUUGAUUCUUGAUCAUAAUCAAAUUAUUGACAUAGUUAUGAGGAGUUAGUUCUUACGUAGGUUAAAGUUUUGGUUUUUAUGUAUUGUAGUUCCAAGGAAUUUUUAUAAAUUCUUAUGUGAAAACAUUGAUUUCUUUGAAAUUGGUUGCACUGGAGCUGACGAUUCUCUUCUUUGACAUCUAGCUUUUGAACAUAAUGUCAUUUUGUAUUUUUUAUUUUGACACAACCUAUUCUUUCUUGUGAGACUCCAUUAUACUGGUAACUUUUUUUCCAGGUGCUAGUUUGUUUUUGCCUGUCUGUCGGUUAGCAUUGCAAAGUAUGAUACUAAAUUAUAGCCCAUAUAUCAAACUUGAACAGAAUUGCUUUGUUCAGAAUUACCAUCAUUUUGAUUUUCCUCAGCUGAAUGAAUCUUGCGGAGUAUUCCACAAUAAUAUUAAUGUAGUUCUGUCUUGCUUACCUAGGUUAUUCGAUAGUAUCUAAACAAAUCAUUUGAAUGUUUUUACUUUUGACCACUGAUGGCUAGAUGAUAGAUUUCUUGUGAACUAUUCUUUAUCAGAAUGAGGAUUUGUGGACAUUGUAGUAAUUUUAAUAGUUGGAUUUUUUAGUCGAUCUAAACUAGACAAACAUUGAAAACCUCGAAGCACUAGACGGCCGUUUCUUCCAAGUAUGGGACUCCUGAGCAGUGCGCAUCCACGAUCCCGCACGCGGGACUCGAAUCUAGGGCUUUCGGUCUCGCGUGCGAAUGCUUAACGUCUAGACCACUGAGCUGGCAUCCAACGGUGCUAAUGUCCAGUUCUAGUGGGAAGCCGUGACCAGUGGAGUCCCAUCGGUGUCGGAUGGUGAUAGUUAUCCACCUCAGACAAUUGAUGAAGGGUUGCGCAAAAUCAUGAAUCGAUUGAAGUUAGACACUAAGCAUGCCUAUUUACUUUAGCGUUCUAUCAAUUCUUUAUUCACCAACAGUUUUGCCUACCUGAUUUAGUAUUAGCUUCCAUCAGACCGUCAAGAAAUGACGGUCUUAUCUGACGUGGCGAUUAUGUAUUAUCCUUGAUUCCUGAAUUUUGUCAGUACUUUUAUUCUGCCCAAAAAAUUGACUUAUGAUUAAUUCCAUAUUUCUCUAUCAAUGUGUAAUGCCUCUUA